AUGUCUUUUCCAGCCCAAAACGCUAGAGGUAUUCAGAAUCGAAAGAUACUUGAAGACUUGGAGCUGAAGAAACAGAUAUUAUUAAAAACCGGCGCUGUUCCAACUCCUCCAACAGUUUCCCAUCCUACAACUCCGGUUAUCCGUCUGCCCGAAGGUCAGGGAACAUCUGAUAGUCAUUUUCAGCGUGCCCAAGCUUUGCAAUCUGCAGGUUUUUUCAUCACCACAGAUUCAGCUUUUGGAAAUUCUAUACUACCUGUCCUGCCGCGCAUUGAAAAAUAA